ACGCUCCACAUCCCACAUUACACCGUUUGUUCUGCGUCUCCGUCGCACUAUGAUCCGAUACAGAGAAAAACAGUGAGGCGAAUGAGGUGAAAUACAACAAUAGUGAGUGUCUAGUGAGCAGAGCAGACAGGGAUCUGGAGAAAGAGAGCCGGAGAGCCAGGCGGAAGGGUUUGGAAGCGUCCGGGCAUUUUUCCUGUGAGCGGAAGGAGACGGACGGACGGACGGACACACUGAAACACUGAAACAAUCAAAUCGAUGAAAAACCGCAACGGAGAAUCAACGCGAAGAAUCCGAAUCACAGACACACGCAGCCGGAGCGAUGCGAGCGAAGCGGCGCGGCUGAGCGUUGAAGAUGUGUGCCGUACUACAGAGUCUCUUACUGUGUACUUUGUGUUUGCAGAUACGGGGCCUGCCGCUCCUCCUGUAUGCGAACCGGCGGGACCUGCGACUGGUGGACGCGGCUCACGGUCGGGGGAACGCCACCGUGGUGAUCGGCGGUCUGGAGGACGCGGCGGCGGUGGAUUACGUUUACGCACAGGGACUGAUUUACUGGAGCGACGUGAGCGAGGAGUCCAUCAAACGGACGCUGUUUAACGGCUCGACGCCCAGCGGGAUUCAGACCACCGUCGUGUCCAAUCUGGCCUCUCCGGACGGCUUGGCCUGCGACUGGAUGGGGAAUAAGCUCUACUGGACUGAUUCGGAGACCAAUCGGAUAGAAGUGGCCGAACUGGACGGGACGUACCGGAAAGUUUUGUUCUGGCAGGAUCUGGACCAGCCGAGAGCCAUCGCUCUGGAUCCGGGCCGAGGGUUCAUGUACUGGACGGACUGGGGCGAGAUCCCGAAGAUCGAGCGCGCCGGGAUGGACGGGACUCGUCGCUCCGUGAUCAUCGACUCUGAGAUCUACUGGCCCAACGGACUGACGCUCGACUACGGCCAGCAGAAGCUGUACUGGGCCGACGCCAAGUUCAACUUCAUCCACCGCUCCAACCUGGACGGCUCCGGCAGGGAGGUGGUGGUGAAGGGCUCGCUGCCGCACCCGUUCGCGCUGACGCUGUACGAGGACACGCUCUUCUGGACCGACUGGAACACGCACUCCAUUCACUCCUGCCACAAACACACGGGACAGAACAGCCGCGAGAUCCAUUCCGACAUCUUCUCACCCAUGGACAUACACGUCUUCAGCCAGAAGCGCCAACCGCUCGACGUGACGAGUCCCUGCACGCUAAAGAACGGCGGAUGUUCCCAUCUGUGUCUGCUGUCUCCGGUCAAACCGUAUUACCAGUGCGCCUGUCCGACGGGUGUCCGACUGCUGGACGACAACAAGAGCUGCAGAGAUGGUCCCACUCAGCUGCUGCUUCUGGCCCGACGCACAGACCUGCGGCGGAUAUCUCUGGACACUCCUGACUUCACCGACAUCGUGCUGCAGGCCGACGACAUCCGACACGCCAUCGCCAUCGACUACGACCCGGUGGACGGACACAUCUACUGGACGGACGACGAGGUGCGGGCCAUACGCCGGUCCUACCUGGACGGCAGUGAUGCACAGUUCGUGGUGACCUCGCAGGUGAACCACCCGGACGGGAUCGCGGUGGACUGGAUCGCACGAAACCUGUACUGGACCGACACCGGCACGGACCGAAUCGAGGUGACCCGGCUGAACGGCACCAUGAGGAAGAUCCUGAUAUCGGAGGAGCUGGACGAGCCCAGAGCCAUCGUGCUGGACCCCGUCGCGGGGUACAUGUACUGGACGGACUGGGGUGAAGUGCCGAAGAUCGAGCGCGCGGCUCUGGACGGGACGGAGCGGCUGGUGCUGGUCAACACGUCUCUGGGGUGGCCGAACGGACUGGCGCUCGACUACACGGAGAGAAAGAUCUACUGGGGCGACGCCAAGACUGACGUCAUCGAGGUGAUGGAGAUGGACGGGUCAGGCCGGCGGGUUCUGGUGGACGAUAACCUCCCUCACAUCUUUGGCUUCACGCUGCUGGGCGACUAUAUCUACUGGACGGACUGGCAGCGGCGGAGCAUCGAGCGCCUGCACAAGCGCAGCCUGGAGCGCGAGGUCAUCAUCGACCAGCUGCCCGACCUCAUGGGCAUCAAGGCCACAUACGUCAAGCAGACCUUCGGUGUGAACCCGUGUGCGCUGGCUAACGGCGGCUGCAGUCACCUGUGUCUGUAUAAACCUCAGGGCGUGUCGUGCGCGUGUCCCAUCGGUCUGGAGCUCAUGGCCGAUCUGAGCACCUGCAUCGUCCCCGAGGCCUUCCUGCUGUUCUCACGCCACACCGACAUCCGCCGCAUCUCGCUGGAGACCAACAACAACAACGUGGCCAUCCCGCUCACCGGCGUCAAGGAGGCCUCGGCGCUCGACUUCGACGUGACCGACAACCGGAUCUACUGGACGGACAUCACGCUGAAGACCAUCAGUCGGGCGUUCAUGAACGGCAGCGCUCUGGAGCACGUGGUGGAGUUCGGUCUGGACUAUCCCGAGGGAAUGGCUGUGGACUGGCUGGGCAAGAACCUGUACUGGGCCGAUACGGGAACCAACCGCAUCGAGGUGGCCAAACUGGACGGGCAGCACCGACAGGUUCUGGUGUGGAAGGAUCUGGACAGCCCGCGAGCGCUGGCGCUGGACCCGGCCGAGGGCUUCAUGUACUGGACCGAGUGGGGUGGACGGCCGAAGAUUGACCGCGCUGCCAUGGACGGAUCUGGACGCAUCACUCUGGUGCCGAACGUUGGCCGUGCGAAUGGACUGACCAUCGACUACGCUGAGCGACGGCUGUACUGGACGGACCUGGACACCACACUGAUCGAGUCCUCCAACAUGCUGGGUCUGGAGCGCGAGGUGAUCGCUGAUGACCUGCCGCACCCGUUCGGCCUCACGCAGUACCAGGACUACAUCUACUGGACCGACUGGAGCCAGCGCAGCAUCGAACGCGCCAACAAGACCAGUGGGCAGAACCGCACGGUCAUACAGGGGCACCUGGACUAUGUCAUGGACAUCCUGGUGUUUCACUCGUCCAGACAGGGCGGCUGGAACGCCUGCGCCUCCACCAAUGGCCACUGCUCUCACCUGUGUCUGGCCGUUCCCGUCAGCAGCUUCGUGUGCGGCUGUCCGGCGCAUUACUCGCUCAACUACGACAACAAGACCUGCAGCGCGCCCACGUCCUUCCUGCUGUUCAGUCAGAAGACGGCCAUCAACCGCAUGGUCAUCGACGAGCUGCAGAGUCCUGACAUCAUCCUGCCCAUCCACAGCCUCAGGAACGUGCGCUCCAUCGACUACGACCCGCUCGACCGCCACCUGUACUGGAUCGACUCAAAGCAGAACGUCAUCCGCCGCGCGCAGGAGGAUGGCAACCAGAGCGUGACGGUGGUGUCCGGCGGCCCGAGCCUCGGCCUGCAGCCCUAUGACCUCAGCAUCGACGUCUACAGCCGCUUCAUCUACUGGACCAGCGAGGUGACCAACGUCAUCAACGUCACACGCACCGACGGCUCGAGGGUCGGCGUGGUGCUGCGCGGAGAACACGACAAACCCCGCGCCAUCGUGGUCAAUCCUGAGCGAGGGUACAUGUACUUCACGAAUCUGCAGGAUCGCUCGCCGAAGAUCGAACGCGCCGCUCUGGACGGGACGGAGCGCGAGGUUCUGUUCUUCAGCAAUCUGGGAAAGCCGGUCGCUCUGGCCGUCGACAACGAGCUGGGAAAACUCUUCUGGGUCGACAUGGACCUGCGGCGCAUCGAGAGCAGCGACCUGUCCGGAGCCAAUCGGAUCGUGAUCGAGGACUCCAACAUCCUACAGCCGGUGGGUCUGACGGUGUUCGGGAAUUACCUGUACUGGAUCGACCGGCAGCAGCAGAUGAUCGAGCGCAUCGAUAAGGUCACGCGUGAGGGACGCACCAAGAUCCAGGCGCGCAUCGCCUCUCUGACCGACAUCCACGCCGUCCACGAGCUGGACAUGGAGGAGUACAAUAAACACCCCUGCACGUCUGAUAACGGCGGCUGCUCGCACAUCUGCAUCGUGAAAGGAGACGGAACCACGCGCUGUUCGUGUCCCGUUCAUCUGGUGCUGCUGCAGGACGAGCUCUCCUGUGGAGAGCCGCCCACCUGUUCUCCUGAGCAGUUCUCCUGCGUGUCCGGCGAAGUCGACUGCAUCCCGCAGGCCUGGCGCUGCGACGGCUUCGCCGAGUGUGACGACAGCAGCGACGAGCGCGACUGUCCCGUCUGCUCCGACGAGCAGUUCCAGUGCGACAGCAAGCAGUGCGUGGACGUGUCGCUGCGCUGCAACGGAGAAAUCAACUGCCAGGAUCGCUCGGAUGAGAGCAAUUGUGAAGUUCUCUGUCCCGUGGAUCAGUUCGCCUGCGCCAAUGGCCAGUGCAUUGGACGACACAAGAAAUGUGACCACAACAUGGACUGCACGGACAACUCUGACGAGAUCGGCUGCUAUGCGACAGAAGAGCCUUCCUUUCCUCCCACCAACACCAUCGGCUCCAUCGUGGGCGUCGUGAUGGUGUUGUUCGUGGUGGGCGCCGUGUACUUCGUGUGUCAGCGCGUCCUGUGUCCUCAGAUGAAGGACGACAGCGAGACCAUGACCAAUGACUUCGUGGUCCACGGUUCCUCGUCCGUGCCGCUGGGAUACGUGCCGCACCCCGGCUCUCUGAGCGGCUCACUGCCAGGCAUGUCUCGGGGGAAAUCUGUCAUCGGCUCACUGAGCAUCAUGGGCGGCAGCAGCGGGCCGCCAUACGACCGCGCUCAUGUGACCGGAGCCUCGUCCAGCAGCUCCUCCAGCACCAAGGGCACGUACUUCCCUCCGAUCCUGAAUCCCCCUCCGUCUCCGGCCACCGUGAGGUCACAGUACACCAUGGAGUUCGGAUACUCGUCCAACAGCCCAUCGACGCACCGGUCGUACAGCUACAGGCCGUACAGUUACCGUCACUUCGCCCCUCCGACGACGCCGUGCAGCACAGACGUGUGCGACAGCGACUACACGCCGGGCCGCCGGGCUCCGCACACGUCCACCGCCGCCGUCAAGGGCUACACCAGCGACCUGAACUACGACUCGGAGCCGCUGCCGCCGCCGCCCACCCCACGCAGCCAGUACCUGUCGGCGGAGGAGAACUGCGAGAGCUGCCCGCCGUCGCCCUACACCGAACGCAGCUACUCGCACCACCUGUACCCGCCCCCGCCCUCGCCCUGCACGGACUCGUCCUGAGCCCCGCCCCUGCCACGAUAAGCCCCGCCCACAUCCUUUGUGUAAAUAACGUGCGUCUGGAGACUCUAUCUCGGGUCUGGCGGCUCUCUGUACAUUUUUUAAAAGAAAAGAAAACAUAUUUAUAUAUUUUCUAUACAGUGUUUAUUGAUUACGCCAUAGAGCUUUGUAUUAAAAGAAAUUUGUACAAUUUUUUUUUUUUUUUUUAAAGAGAAAGAUUUAUUAAAUCCACACAGACGUGAUGCGUUGCCUUAAUCCAGGAGUUCGGAAUCAAACGCACCCCCCGUGCGUCAAUGCCAAAUAGACGAGGCGUGUCGCCCCCUGCAGGCUCGGAGCAGCACCACACUGUGAUCUGACUCACAAUCACAAGAUGGUACUCGUAUUUUUCUACUAUUUUUCUACUGAAGACGUCACGGAUGUGCCCUCAUCUGCGCCCGACGAAGGCAGAACUGCUUUAGUUUCUGAAGCGCGGCCUUCGUUCGCUCGCAUCACGGACGACUUCUCGUGCCUGAGCGUUUUUUAAAGAAUCAUUUUUCACUUUUUUAAAUCUCAGUGCCCACAAAAGGUUGAUUAUUUUUGUACCACAUACUGUGUAGAUACUGUAUUUAUAAGCUAUAAUCGUCAUCAUCAUCAUCAUCAUCAUGUCCUUGCAGUGCUGCUGUUGUCCUGUUUCGUCCCGUCAGUAAACCAACAGUCCCGAGACAAUCUGUGAUGUGUUUGUGCGCUGAAGCUCCUCUAGUGUCUGUUAGUUUCCCAUAAUGCAUUGGUUUCUGUGUUCGUAGCACUUCUGCAGGAGCUUUUAUAAAGAAGGGAAACUCACCAGCACAAAUAUCUCAUAUUACCUAUCAGUCUUCAUCGUUUGCUGGUGUGACUGUGUUGUUUUGUGUGUCCGACAGCAGCUUCGGUACAAUCAUGAAUGUGUGUGUCAGAAACAGCGGUUCCAAAUCUCUCUGUGUCCCAAUCCUGUUCUGCAAGGGCUUCUGGGUAACGCCACGUUUUUAGUUCCUUUAUGAUUCUGCUCACACCAGCAUUUCUGUUUUCUCAACUGCACUUUACAGGAGCGGUUCAGUUUGUUCGUGCGUUUGUGUCUCAUUACCGUCAGCCGGCAGUAAGAAUCAUCCGUCGGUGGGUUUUAGUUGAACUUUCGUCGCCACUGAACCCUGUGGGAAGCGUCACGGGUCAGACAUUGUUGCUGGAAUUGUGGGAAAAAUGUCUAAAGCACUUUGAAGGAGUGAGCAGGAUUGAUUCACGACAGAAUCUCGUCAUUAUUCAUGUUUUAUUUGGAUUCCCGUGGUGCUUUGCGAGGAUGUGUUCAAAGGUGACCAACAUUUGGUUUCUCAUCAGUCAUGAAAUUUCCACUAUCUCGAGUUUUUGUACAUUGUACAUGCUUUACGUGUAAAACAUUGUAUAAAAAUGGAUGUGUACAGCUCAUUCAGUCACGACUAUAAGCUGUUGUAACAAAUGAAAUGAUCUUUUUUUAAUAAAACUGAGUGAACUUUUA